CACAACACAUACUACUUAGACACAUCUCAGAUCGACGAAUCAAAUGCCAUAAUGAUUCUGUUCCUAAUAGUAUCAAUUAUACAAGUCAGAUCCUGAUCCUCUUCUCCAUCGAAAGAAGUGAGAAUGCCGAGGAUACAACACAUACUACUCGUUUAGACACAUCUUAGGAUCCAUAAUCUCGAGACUAUGUUCGUCUCUCGAUUUUAUAAUCAUUGCUCUCUCUCUCUCAUAUCACUAUAAAACUUCCCCCAUCUUUGUUUCUCUUCAACUUUUCCACCAUUUCUGAGGCUUUUCUCCAUGAAUCUCCAUGGAAAUGAGGUUCCCUUGGGGAAAAACUACACCCUUAACAAAACAUUAGCCAUAGUGUUCACUCUUGUGAUACUCACAGUGAUUCCCCUGUUAUACAAUCUUGUAGAUUACUACUCUGUUUUCCUCCUCACCAGCUCUCCCAAAUCCCCAUCUGAUUCAUAUUCAAGCAUUGAAGAGGGUGAAGAGCUUCAGCCAUUGCCAAUCCAAGAAGAGGAAUGUGACCUUUUCACAGGCGAAUGGAUACCCAACCCCAAUGCUCCCUAUUACACAAGCUCCUCUUGUUGGGCCAUUCAUGAGCACCAAAAUUGCAUGAAAUAUGGACGCCCUGAUGGCGGCUUCAUGCAAUGGCGAUGGAAGCCUGAUGACUGUGACCUUCCCAUCUUCAAUCCUUCUCAGUUCCUUGAGCUUAUGAGAGGUAAAUCUUUGGCUUUUGUUGGUGACUCUGUUGGAAGAAACCAAAUGCAGUCUUUGAUAUGCCUUAUUUCCCGGGUGGAAUAUCCGAUUGAUGUGUCGUACACGGCGGACGAUAAUUUCAAGAGAUGGAGUUACGAACGCUACAACUUCACCAUGGCCAUUUUCUGGACCCCUCAUCUCACCAGAGCCGCCAUUGGGGACACCGACGGCCCCACCAAAACUGGUCUCUUCAAUCUCUACUUGGAUGAGUACGACGUAGAAUGGACCACUAAGAUCGACGAAUUCGACUACAUCAUCAUCUCCGGCGGCCACUGGUUCUUCCGUCCUAUGGUUUACUACGAAAACCACCGCAUCGUCGGCUGCCAUUACUGUCUCCUCCCGAACGUAACCGAUCUCGGAAUGUAUUAUGGUUAUCGGAGGGCCUUCCGAACCGCCUUUAAGGCUAUAAACAGCUUGAAGAAUUUCAAAGGGAUGACGAUUUUAAGGACGUUCGCGCCGUCGCAUUUCGAGAAUGGACUGUGGAAUCAGGGCGGGAAUUGCUUGAGGACGAAGCCGUUUCGAAGUAAUGAGACGCAAUUGGAGGGAUCUGAUCUGGAGUUCUACAUGAUUCAGAUGGAGGAAUUCAAGACCGCGGAAAGGGAAGGACGAAAAAGAGGGCUGAAAUUUAGGGUUCUUGAUACGACUCAAGCUAUGCUUCUGAGGCCGGAUGGGCAUCCUAGCAGGUACGGUCAUUCUACUACUGAAAAUGUGACUUUGUAUAAUGAUUGUGUGCAUUGGUGCUUGCCUGGCCCCAUUGAUGCUUGGAGUGAUUUCUUGCUUGAGAUGUUGAAGAUGGAAGGGAUUAGAUCAUUCAGGGAUAGGCUUGAGUUUGGUUAGAUGGGGAAAGAGGCAGUUCUUAUUCAUUUUUCAAUCUUUUUCCUGAAGGUGUUUUUUUACUUCUGAAUUCAUGUUGUUGUUUUGUGAUUUGUAUAAUUGUAUCAUUGUUCAUUUAUAAGUUGUAUGUAUGUAAUUAGCAUUGUGAAAGGAGUAUUAAGAACAAGUUAUUUGCCUUUGCUUUCUGUAGAGAUAAUAUUAUGCAAGUUGCCAUCA